AGGAGACCCGAGAGAGUGAAUCACCAUCUCAACUCGAAGCUUCGACUCACCCUCUCUCCCUCACUCGCACCUCGAGACUCACUGGUCACCGGUCACCAUGGCGCUGCCGCUCCACUCAAUAGUCAUCUUCGCCUUGCUGACCCUCGCUCACGGGGAGCCUGACCUGCCGACCUCCUCGUGGCUCCGUCACUGCGAGAAGGACACGCCCACUCCCGUCCAGGGCGUGACAGAGGGCGUGGUUCCUGCGUGGUUGGAGGGACGCCUGACGAGAGUGGGUCCCGGGAUGCGACAUGUCGGAAGCACGUCCUACAGGCAUCUGUUUGAUCCUUUGGCCCUUCUCCAUCUGGUCACCGUCCAGGGGGGGGAGGUCACCUACACGUCCAAGUACCUGGACAGCGACGCCUACCACGCAAACAUGGCGGCAAAUCGCAUCGUCGUGGGGGGAUUUGGCACCGCCCCCUUCCCGGAUCCAUGCCGCACCUUGUUCGACAGAGUAGCGUCUUGGUUCUCACGACCGCCCAAGAUAAUGGAUAACUGCCUUGUGAAUGUUCUGCAAGUGAGGGACCAGAUGGUUGCCAUGACGGAGACAGAUGAAAUGAGGGUUGUGGACGCGGAGACUUUGAACACUUUAGGAAAUAAGAUAACAAUAUCGGAUUACGUGGCAAUCCGACAAGCCACCGCCCACCCUCACGUCGAUCCCGACGGCACUGUUUACAACCUAGCUUCUUCCGGAAACAGACACGGCCCUACCUAUAACAUCAUCUCUCUUCCCAACGGUGAAAUUGAAAAGGCUAAAAUGGAGGCAUCGAUUCUGGCCAGGUGGAGGUUCCAUCCAGGAUACAUGCACAGUUAUGCCAUCACUGAAAAUUACUUCAUCCUGCUUGAAUCACCUUUCACGUUUAGCAUCGGUGCCCUUCUGGCCGGCCGCUACUUCGGCAAAAGCUUCGAGGAGGCUAUGGUGUGGUUCCCCAACGAGAAGGUCCAUUUCAGGGUGAUUGAACGGCGGACUGGACAGGAGCACCCGACUACCUUUACCUCUGACGCCUUCUUCACCUUCCACCACAUCAACGCUUACGAGACGAGUGAUGACAUGCUAGUCAUCGACGUCUCCUAUAUUGAAUCCGGCGAGAUCGUGAAGGCUCUCUACUACUCCAAUCUCAACAAAUCUAACACUGACCCGACGAAGUUUAAAUUUGACAGUGUGGCCAAGAGGUUUAUCUUGCCCAUGGGAAGAUGUCAGCGGAAUGCCCACCGAAAGUGA